AUGCCUUUCAAAGUAACAAAUCCAGAGUAUCCUCCUCCCCAUUCUCCCUCAAGCUCUUCCAGCUCUCAUCCAAUGCCCCCAGACCGCGCCUCUCUCCACUCUUCCGUCUCCUCCUCAGACCACACUGCAUUUUCUGCACCAGAACCCAAAAUAUCCUUGGAUGACGUUCUGCCUGGUUACAUUGACUCCGGCCUAGUGCCUCCUCCAGAAAAGGGGUUACCGCCUCUUCCCCGCUAUGAAAAGCAGAAAUCAAGGGAGGACUAUGACCCAUAUGCAGGAGGUUGCUUAAAACUUACUUUCCUUCCUCUUCCUCUCUUACCUGCUCUCCCUGCAGAUCCCGGCCAGUCGUCCUCCUCCUCACAUACUCACGUCUACCCCUUGACUACUGUCGGCCAGCUGGCAACUGCUCUGGGUCCUGACAAUGCCCCCCACACCACCGAAAUUGAGACCAUUCCCUGCUCCGGUGUUCGCAUCCCUUUCGGUCCUCUCAAAGGCCUCCUCGCCUGGAGACUUGUGGUUCGCGUUCCUUCGCCAUCUUCAACCAAAGGAAAAGGUAGACGAUGGAAUGCGAGAGCUAGAAAGGACCAUCGGAGAAACAGUUACCAUACUGACGAUCCAUCCAACCCUAUGCCACCCUCCAAGUCUGCUUCGUAUUCAGAUUCGCCUAUGCUCGAGAAACGUCUCUCCUCAAAGUCUACAGCGUCUUUACCAAUGAGUUACAGCCGAAAGCUUACAUCCACGCCAGAACCUAUACCCAGACCUCCCGUCCAAGGUUAUCCAUCUAUCACACCAUCCAGAUAUGUUGCCCAUGUCCAUUCUUACUCUUAUUCCCAUCCACACCCCGACCCAGUACAGAAAUCUACUCAUGAAGUGUUUCCCUCCGAUGCUGUUGCCACCAAUUUCAUACUUGAUACCAGCCUUUCCUACUCCAUAAUCUCUCGAGAUACCCUUAUUGCUUUAGGAUACCCCGCCCAUCGCUUUCCCGCUCCUGCCCUCUCCAACCCACAUUCUCCCCAUUGGGACGACCACAAUGCAGAAUCUAUCUCUGUCACACUCUCCGUUCAAAAUGUGCUCACCAAGCUGCGCAUUGCGCGUCCGGGGGAGGCGAGCAGACUCGGUGUCCAGUAUCUGCAUGAUGCCGGUGUGAGCGUGUUUUUCCCAAGAAACGGAGAUGGCGUAGGCCCUGUUUUGUAUUUGGAAUCUGCCCGACUUCUCAAAGAUGUCCCUCGCACCAUCACAUCGCUUCCAGGAGGCCAUCGAGGAGUAGGUAUGCCCAAGAUCACAUUACAGCAGCGUGUCCGCGCUCUCUUUGGUCUCGGUUAG